UCAAAUUUUAAACGAAGUUAGUCAGUGUUUAAGAGAAACUGUUGGUAUUACUUGAUUGAAAAUGAUGCGCAAAUUAUUCCUUCUUCUGUGUGCCGUUUGGAUAGUUUCCUCACAGAGGACACAUUUGAUAGCAGAUGGUAAUUCUGCUGGCACAUAUGGCCUGUUGAAUAGAAUUCUUGGAGGAACGGCCAAUUCUCCAUCGUACGAAGUACCAGAUUGCGUUCAUCCGAUUCAGCAUAUCACGCAGCAGGUUGAUACAGAGCUUGGAGCGCCAGUUUUUGUGUUUCAUUCACAUGUUGACCUUGAUAACGAUCGUUGCAGAGUGUUUGACAGACUUCGAACAGAAAUCAAAACCCAUAAUCCCAGUCCAGACUUUUUGAAAGGCUUCUAUGGCGAAACAGUGUCGUACUCAUGGGACUUUAAGCUAGAUGCACAAUUUCAACCAGCAACCAGUUUUACUCACAUAUUUCAGGUGAAGGCUGUUGGAGGAGAGGACAGCCAGCCGUUCAUCACCAUUACGCCAAGAUUAACAUCUGUUGGAACGACAUUAUUGCAAUUAAUUCACUCCGGCUUCAACUCAGCCCAAUCUACAAUCUGGCAAGGUCCACUGGCAAAUUUCCUUGGUAGAUGGAUUCACGUUGAGGUAGAGUAUCUUUGCGCUGUCGCAGGCAGAUUCCACAUGACCAUGACCCGCAAGGAUACAGGCCAGCAAUUGAUGACUUUUACAAGCAAUAAUAUUGAAAUGUGGCGAACUGGAAAUACGUUCCAAAGACCAAAAUGGGGUGUCUACAGAAGUCUGAACAAUCGUGCCAGUCUUCGGGAUGAACGUGCUUUCUUCAAUAAUUUCUGUUUGGCUAAACAUCCCUACCGUUGCAUUACAAACUAAAUACAAUUUUCUGAGACAAUGUUGAAAAUUACCUCUACAUCUUGUUGAAUACAAUAUGGUUGAGAAGUUUGAGUGGCA